GCUCGGCGGCGCCUCCCGGGCUCCCGGCAAGUCGCCGCCGGAGCCCCCCAGCCCGCAGGAGAUCCUGAUCAAGGUGCAGGUGUAUGUGAGCGGGGAGCUGGUGCCCUUGGCCCGGGCCUCCGUGGAUGUGUUUGGGAACCGGAUGCUGCUGGCCGCGGGUACCACGGACUCAGAGGGUGUGGCCAUACUGCCCCUCAGUUACCGCUUGGGCACCUGGGUGCUGGUCACUGCUGCCCGCCCUGGCUUCCUCACCAACUCUGUGCCCUGGCGUGUUGACAAGCUGCCCUUGUACGCGUCAGUCAGCCUCUACCUGCUCCCGGAGCGGCCGGCCACCCUCAUCCUCUAUGAGGACCUGGUGCACAUCCUUCUGGGCUCCCCUGGCGCCCGCUCCCAGCCCUGGGUGCAGUUCCAGCGCCGCGCCGCCCGCCUGCCCGUCAGCUCCACCUACAGCCAGCUCUGGGCCUCGCUCACACCUGCCAGCACCCAGCAGGAAAUGCGCGCUUUCCCUACCUUCCUGGGCACUGAGGCCUCCAGCUCAGGCAAUGGCUCCUGGCUAGAGCUGAUACCCUUGGCUGCUGUGAGCGUGCACCUGCUGACGGGUAACGGGACAGAAGUGCCACUCUCUGGCCCCAUUCACCUGUCCCUGCCUGUGCCCUCAGAGCCUCGUGCCCUCACUGCAGGCACCAGCAUUCCAGCCUGGAGGUUCGACCCCAAGAGUGGGCUGUGGGUCCGCAACGGCACUGGUGUGAUCCGGAAGGAAGGCCGGCAGCUCUACUGGACCUUCGUCUGCCCCCAGCUGGGGUACUGGGCAGCUGCCAUGGCUUCCCCCACCGCUGGACUGGUCACCAUCACAUCGGGCAUCCAGGACAUUGGCACCUACCACACCAUCUUCCUGCUCACCAUCCUGGCAGCCCUGGCCCUGCUGGUGCUCAUUCUGUUGUGUCUGCUCAUCUAUUACUGCCGGAGGCGCUGCCUGAAGCCGAGACAACAGCACCGCAAGCUGCAGCUGUCCGGGCCCGCUGACGGUACCAAACGAGACCAGGCCACCUCGAUGUCCCAGCUCCACCUCAUAUGUGGAGGACCCUUGGAGCCCGCCCCGUCGGGGGACCCUGAGGCCCCGCCCCCAGGCCCCCUGCACUCCGCCUUCUCCAGCACCCGGGACUUGGCCGCCUCCCGGGAUGACUUCUUCCGCGCCAAGCCGCGCUCGGCCAGCCGUCCGGCCGCCGAGCCUGGGGGCGCCCGUGGGGGCGAGGGCGCGGGGCUCAAGGGCGCCCGCUCCGUCGAGGGUCCCGGCGGGCUGGAGCCAGGCCUGGAGGAGUACCGGCGGGGGGCCUCGGCGACCCCGGCCUUCCUGCAGGAUCCGCCCUCGCCGCCGCCGCCCUUCGAGCACUACCUGGGCCACAAGGGGGCGGCCGAGAGCAAGCCCCCCGACUUCCUGCUGUCGCAGUCGGUGGACCAGCUGGCGCGGCCGCCGUCGCUCAGCCAGGCCGGGCAGCUCAUCUUCUGCGGCUCCAUCGACCACCUCAAGGACAGUGUCUACCGCAACGUCAUGCCCACCCUGGUGAUCCCCGCGCACUACGUGCGCCUCGGAGGCGAGGCGGGCGCCGCGGGGGCGGGCGACGAGUCAGCCCCGCCCGAGAGCACGGGGAAGGCCUUAGAUUGA